GCCACCUUGCAAACACCACUGAGGUUCUUGGGAAGAAGAUCUCAAGGUGAUAUAGAAACAGAAAAAAUGUCAGAGCAUAGCAGGAAUUCAGAUCAAGAACUCCUUGAUGAGGAACUUGAUGAAGAUGAGCUCUUGGCCAAUUUGUCUCCCGAAGAGCUGAAGGAACUGCAAUCAGAAAUGGAAGUCAUGGCUCCCGACCCUCGCCUCCCUGUAGGCAUGAUCCAGAAAGAUCAGACGGACAAGCCACCAACAGGAAAUUUCGACCAUAAAUCUCUUGUUGAUUAUAUGUAUUGGCAAAAGGCAUCCAGACGCAUGUUGGAAGAUGAACGUGUUCCUGUCACCUUCAUGCAGUCUGAGGACAACACUCAAGAACAGCAUGAAGUAAGAGACAGAGGUAAUAAAAAUGUGUCCCACUUCUUAAGAGAAAAGCUCAAUAGUGAAAUAGCUGCAAUUACAAAGGAAUCAAAGAGCAGCAACAAUGACCAGGAAAUAGAUGGUGAUGAUGACAGUGAGGCUGAGGAAGAGGAAGAUGGUGAGGAUGAAGGAGAGGAUGAUGGUGAAGAGAGCAACAACAAAGCGACAAGAGAAGAGGAGACGAAAGCCAGGGAACAAAUCAGAAAUUGUGAGAGCAGUUGUCAACAGGUAACUGCUAAGACCUUCACAGCACAGGCACAUCAGCCAGAGGCCCAAGAGAAAAGUGAGAAAAAAAUAUCCAAGUUAGAUCCUAAGAAGUUAGCGCUAGACACCAGCUUUCUGAAGGUAAGCGCAAGGCCUUCGGGGAACCAAACGGAUCUGGAUGGGAGCUUGAGGAGAGUGAGACAAAAUGACCCUGACAUGAAGGAACUCAACCUGAACAACAUCGAAAACAUCCCCAGAGAGAUGCUACUGGACUUUGUCAAUGCCAUGAAGAAGAACAAACACAUAAAGACUUUCAGUUUGGCCAAUGUGGGUGCCGAUGAGAGCGUAGCAUAUGCCUUGGCUAACAUGCUGCGUGAGAACAGGAGCAUCACCACGCUCAACAUUGAGUCCAACUUCAUCACAGGAAAAGGCAUCGUGGCCAUCAUGAGGUGUCUCCAGUUCAAUGAGACGCUCACUGAACUCCGCUUCCACAAUCAGAGGCACAUGCUUGGCCACCAUGCUGAAAUGGAAAUAUCCCGGCUUCUGAAGGCCAACAGUACUCUCCUGAAGAUGGGCUACCAUUUUGAGCUUCCAGGUCCUAGAAUGGUGGUAACUAAUCUGCUCACCAGGAAUCAGGAUAAACAAAGGCAGAAAAGACAAGAAGAGCAGAAGCAACAGCAGCUCAAAGAGCAGAGAAAGCUAAUAGCCAUGUUGGAGAAUGGCUUGGGGCUGCCCCCAGGGAUGUGGGAGAUGUUGGGAGGACCUAUGCUGGACUCCAGAAUGCAGGAGUUCCUUCAGCCGCCUCCUCAGCCUCCCAACACCCAACCAGCUCCCUUUAGUCGAAGAAAUGAGAUGAUGACAAAGCCAUCGCAGCUUCCCCAGUGCAAGACAGACCCUGACUCCUUCCGAGUGGUAAAGCUGAAGAGGAUCCAGCGCAAGUCCUGCAUGCCAGAAGCCAGAGAAGCACCAGAGAAAACCAAUCUCAAAGAUGUGAUCAAAACCCUGAAGCCUGUGCCGAGGAACAGGCCACCCCCACUGGUGGAAAUCACUCCUAGAGAUCAGCUCUUAAAUGACAUUCGUCAGAGCAACAUCGCUUAUCUGAAACCUGUGCAGUUGCCAAAAGAACUGGCAUAAGGCGCUGCAGAAUCAAGAGCAAGAGGAGAAGCAGAAGCUGACACAGUGACUCGGGCUGAGCGGGAAGAGGAUGGUGGCAGCGGCCCUUCUGCAUACAGGAGGUGGAACAGGGACUGUGCUUCCAUCCGAGAGGGGCAUCAGUGGAAGGCACACAGCUUGGGCCACACAAAACACGGGCAGAGGAAGGGAGAAGGAGACAAAAAUCCUAACAAUCAUGGGCAAUGUUUUCCACUUGCAAUCAGUGCAACUUAGGCGCAAUUUAGAGUAAUGCUUUCAGGAGCAGGAGCAAAGAAUGUUUUUAUAAACAUUUGCUUUACUGCUGCUUUCUUCUGGUAAAUAAGACAGAAGUGUUGCCCAUUGGUCCUGGUGCCAUUUUUACCCUUUCCACCUCCUCUGCUGACCUCACUGCACAGAAUCCCAAAGGGAAUGAACGGAGCAUGUUUCAACCUAUGGAAACAUGAAGAGUGAAUUAAACUCCCAGGUCUUAUGCAGCUCUGAAAUGAAAGGAUCGCAUAUUAGCUUAUCGCUGGAGAAUCCCGAGCUUCCAUUUCCAGCCCUGCCUGGUUCUCCCUCUGUGACUCUCCUGAAGUUUGGGUGUGUUCUUCUGAUAGGGGUACCGUGAGAAACAGAGCACUAAACUCACAGGAUGUGAAGAAAACAAAGUGCCCGCAGAAAAAGUAAAGAGAGCAAAGCAAACCCUACAAGUAGGAGCUAUGACCCAAAACACAUGCUAAAUUAUUAAAUUUAAAAAAUUGUUUAAGUGUCUGGCCUGAUGGUGCAUAGGUAUAAUCCCAGCACUGAGGAAGCUGCAGCAGGAAGAUCCCUGUGAGCUCCAGGCCAACCAGGGCUACAUGGUAGG